AUGGAGAACCUCAUCUCUCUCGUCAACAAGCUUCAGCGCGCGUGUACCGCCCUCGGUGACCACGGCGAACAUAGCGCGCUCCCCACACUAUGGGACUCGCUACCGACUAUCGCCGUCGUCGGUGGACAGAGUUCGGGCAAAUCCUCGGUGUUGGAGAGUGUCGUUGGGAAGGAUUUCCUACCUCGGGGUUCAGGAAUUAUUACGAGGCGUCCCCUGGUUCUGCAACUCCACAGGAUUGAUGGGGCAGGAGAAUAUGCAGAGUUCAUGCACCUUAAGAAUAAAAAAUUCACAGAUUUUGCCCUAGUGAGGAAGGAGAUUGCAGAUGAAACUGACCGAGAAACUGGCCGCACAAAGCAAAUAUCAACUGUGCCCAUUUACUUGAGCAUAUAUUCCCCAAAUGUUGUUAACCUUACUCUUAUUGAUCUCCCUGGGCUUACUAAGGUAGCUGUUGAGGGACAACCUGAUAGUAUCGUGCAUGAAAUUGAAAACAUGGUUCGCUCGUUCAUUGAGAAGCCCAAAUGCAUCAUUCUUGCAAUUUCUCCAGCCAAUCAGGAUCUUGCAACAUCUGAUGCAAUAAAGAUUUCACGUGAAGUUGACCCAAAAGGUGAAAGGACCUUUGGUGUGCUUACAAAAAUUGACUUAAUGGACAAGGGCACGGAUGCAGUUGAUAUACUAGAAGGAAGGUCAUAUCGACUACAAUUUCCAUGGAUUGGUGUUGUCAAUCGUUCCCAACAAGAUAUAAACAAGAACGUAGACAUGAUCGCUGCUAGGAUUAGAGAGUGUGAAUAUUUUGCAAGUCUACCAGAAUAUAAACACCUUGCUCACAGAAUGGGAUCAGAGCACUUAGCAAAGAUGCUUUCAAAGCAUUGGGAAUCUGUGAUUAAAUCAAGAAUUCCAGGGAUCCAGUCUCUAAUAACCAAGGCCACUGCAGAGCUAGAAAGUGAAUUUUGUCGUCUUGGAAAACCCAUUGCUUCAGAUGCUGGAGGAAAGCUGUACACUAUUAUGGAAAUAUGCCGCAUGUUUGACAGUAUCUACAAGGAGCAUCUAGAUGGAGCGCGUUCUGGUGGUGAGAAGAUCUACUAUGUCUUUGACAACCAAUUUCCAGUGGCUCUUAAACGGUUGCAAUUUGAAAAAAACAUCUUACAAUGGAAAACUUAUCUAAUUAUUUCUAAUCUGAUGUGCCCUGAAAUGCUUCAAAAUGUCCAUGCAAUACUCAAGGAGCUAGUUCACAGGGCUGUAAAGGAGACACAUGAGUUGAAGCAGUUUCCGACUCUUGGUGUGGAAGUGAGCAGUGCAGCUUUUAAAGCAUUGGAAAGAAUGCGGGAGGAGAGCAAGAAAAAUACAAUGAUGCUUGUUGAUAUGGAGUGCAGCUAUUUGACUGUAGAUUUCUUUAGGAAGCUUCCUCAGGAUGUUGAGAAGGGAGGAAGUCCAACACACUCCAUCUUUGAUAGAUACAAUGAUUCGUACCUCAGACGAAUUGGUAGUAAUGUACAGGCAUAUGUCAACAUGGUAUGCUCAACCUGGAGGAACUCCAUCCCCAAAUCUAUCGUUUAUUGCCAAGUCCGUGAGGCCAAGCGCUCACUACUCGAUCACUUCUUUACGGAGUUGGGAGCAAGAGAGACCAAGCAGCUUUCUAAGCUUCUUGAUGAGGACCCUGAGAUCAUGGAGCGCAGAGCUAAGCUUGCGAAGAGGUUGGAGCUAUAUCGGAGCGCCCAAGCAGAAAUCGAGGCGGUCGCAUGGGCCAAAUAG